AUGUCCCACCCCUCCAAAAAACCCUCACCCGAGUGUUACGACUGGAUCUCCAACCUAGAAGACAAGUUUUACUCCGACCUCAAAUCAGACAAACACGACACUCGAUUCCAAAUAUACCUGCACGAAUAUACGAUUACCGAAGAGAAGAACGGUACACCAUUGGAACCGGAAGACUACAAGACUAUUGCCUUAUCAGUGACGAAGGAGCUUGAUCUCAAACUAGACGUUGAAUUUAUCUGUGAUAACUGCUGGAAGAAAAUCUUGGACGAGAGGAAAGAAGAUCUGGGAGUCGAGAAGUCGAGAGUUAUGCGGAAUGAAGGAGAAGCAUUGGGUUCAGUGGGUAGUGAUUCCAUGUUGUCACUCGAGGAAACACCAAAGAUCGUGGUUGGUGCAGAGGCUGAGAAUAAUACUCCAUCUAUUCUCACUAGUUCAAGUCCCACGAGCGUUGAUAGAUUCACGCAACUCGCCUCCGUCGCCGAUUACGCGACCAGAAUCAACCAUGCGCUUCAGGGUAUCCAGGAAGUGUGGCGCCUUUCGCAUGCCGUCCAAGUAUCCCGUGAGUCAGCAGAUCAGAAAGUUUUCGUUGGUUUGAACGCAUUUCCCAUGUCUCCAGCUGAGGUUCAGACUGAUUGCUCGUGGGAUAAGAUGUGGGAAGAUUUGACAUCUGGCAGUAAGAAUAUGGGAAUACUGAGAAUGGAAUUGUGGGAUUUGGAGGCGAUGUUGACGGAGUCAGACUAUGUCAUUGAUGAGGCAGUGUAUUUUUUGAGUAUGAGUACGGGCAAGGAUGUAUUUACGGAUAGGGACGAAAAUAGUGGAGAGAGUGUCCUAACUUCCUCGGUUUGGUAA